GCCGCUAAAAUGUCACUGUCACACACAUAGCAGUGGUCAGGACAAGAUCUGAUUAUCACAUAGUCUUGUUCCGAAGAGAACAUCCAUUAAGAAAGCGCAAGCAGCACAACAAUCUCCAAGAAACUUUCCACCGUGCUUCACUUAUGAAAUUCCCGAUAUGCCCAUAGUGCUCGGCUUCUAUAAAUAUACCUUCAUCUGGCAAUGGCAUAAUUCAUAUAAUCCAAAUUUAACUAAAAUCUCGAUUUUCUCUGCGUGCAAAUGCGCUCUUCUCCGUGAUCAAUUCCAUCCUCUCCCACCAAAUCUCCUCGGGAGAUCUGCUUUGAACUUUCAUCUUUUCACCUUCACGUCUUCUGGCGUGCAGCUUGUGCAACAAUCCAUCGUAUUCUUUUGUUAAGUACUCUGCUAGUCUUUAUAUCACCGUGCAAAAUCUUUGCAGGACUAGGCAAGACGAUCUCCAUGCUCUUCCAUUGAAUUUGUCUCUGCAAAAUCUUUGCAGGACUAGACAAGACGAUCUCCAUGCUCUUCCAUUGAAUUCUAGACAAGACGAUCUCCAUGCUCUUCCAUUGAAUUUGUCUCUGAAUAUGUUUUGAAUUUUCAUAAAAUUCGAUCAUAUCCAGAGUGAUGUUAUUUGGGUGCGAACUGAAGCAACGGAGUUUUGGUAAUUUAGGGUUUGUCCAUAGACAGGAACCAGCCAGGAUGGUGGGCAAGUGUUGGGCAAGCUUUCGAAGAUUUAACCCCUUUUAAAUGAGAGUGAUAGAUAGCAAAUUUUUGUUAACUCCACAAAUCACCUUCAACCCCAACUUUUGUUAACCCCAAUUUAUUAUUAUUGGCCAAAGUUAUUCGAUUUGGCUCUUGCUUGAAGACAGAUCCAUCACUAAAUCUUGCAUUUCGACUAUUUUUCUUGGAGCAUUGAAGAAAACUUGUCAAUAGCUGUUGCUGAGUUCAUCAAAUCGGCACCUACUCUUAGUUGGAGUUAUUGUGGACCUGUGAUUAGCACUAUGACAGACAGCAGUAGCACAUACUCAACACCAGUCACAGAGAGUGAUGUUGUAAGGGCUACCAACAAUGUAUACAUUUGCUUAAUCACCUUGGAGUUAGGUUCCAUAGCGAUCAAGUAUCAAGGCCUGACCAGCAAUCCUUUCCAGGAACACAUAGCAAGUUUGUUGAUUUUCCUUGUGGCUACAUUUUGCCAUGUUGUUGGACUUAAAGCAACCAAUAAAAACUUGCUUGCUACUAUUAUUAGACACUUUUCAGGUGUAAUUGCGUGUGAAGCACUCCUGUUGAUCCUUGUCGCUCAAUUAUUCAGGUGCAUCAUCAUCAAUAUUCUUAUUUCAUUGGUAGUACUUUUGAACUACUAUGAGGAUGUCCGUAAACUGGUCAUUGUAUGUUUUGAGAGGAUAUUUAAAUCAGAAACUUGGAGCAGGCUUAGCUGGAAAGGUUCCAAUACUGCAAAUCAAAGUGUUAACUCAGCUUCACAAGAAGGUUUAUUUGCUGAGGAAACAGAAAUUCAAGAAUUUGAGACCAGAGUUAGUUUAGAAUGACUUAUAGGAUGGCAGGUCUUCAUACACCUCUUGGGAUUGCUUAGACAACACUUGUAACAGUUCUAUGCUAUUGUCUUGAUAGUAUGUUCACCAAGGUAACCUGUGGUAAAAUGUAGGCUUUCAUGCAAAAGUGUUCAUCAUAGAGUAGUCAGUAGAGUUUAAAGCUGUGAGCAUACAGUAGUGAUUAGUUUCUGCAAAAAUUUAUAUUCUAUCUUAUUGUAUAAAAGGAUUUACAAGGCCACAUGAUACAGGCCUAGGUUCAUGGUAGAGUAAAAGUUCUGUUUUGGAAUUGAUGAAGUAUUCUCCUCUUAAAUAUAGACAAUCUCUACAAAUUGAGAGAAAACAAAAAUCCAAAUCAGAACAUUAUGACCAAAAAAUCAAGAUAUCUAUCAUUCCUAGAUCAGAUAUAAGGGGUUCAUAGGUUGCCUCGGAGAGGCCCUUAGUUAGGAUAUCUGUUUCUUUGCAUGCUUGAUGGAUUGAAUUCCAAAGUGGCAGUCCAAAGCUCUAACUUCCACAUGUUUGGUCUUAUCAGCACGUGUUUUUUGCAUUACUAAUAGUAGCUUUGUUGUCUUAGAGAAUCUACUUCAUAGGACAAUAUCCUUGAUGGCAAUGGCAAAGGGGAUAAUUAGUUGACCAUAAGCCAUCACAUAAGCUUCUCUCCCCUAUUUGGGUCGAGCUUGUCAGACAAACGAUCGAGAAAAAACUUCAUAGGACGAUGUUAGAUGAUUUUCAGUUUACUGAGUAUCCUUUGGAGUCUUUUCAGAAAUGUCAGAGGACAAAGCUUUGUACUUGGCGUUGCUUCCUGCAAUUACUGACUAUGUCUUAUUCCUUCAAGGGACUAAUUUCCCCAUGAAUAGGAACAUUAUCCCAUUGUCAAUAUUCUGUCUGUAACAGAUGCUUCCUAACCAGCAUUCACAAACACUUGAAUGCCUCUGCUCAAGUGUAUUCUAAAUUUUAAACCUCUGUUGGGUAUUCCCUUCAAGUAAACUGGUUGACAAGCAUUCAUGUGGUAUUCAACAGGAUUUUCAUGUCAUGGCUUGCCAUACUUGCAGCAAAGCUAACUUUUGACCUAUCAGGAUUUAGGUAGAUUAAUUUUCCCACAGGGAUUUGCUUCCUGGCAUUGGUUGAGGGUCAGCUGGUUUAAGACCAACAUACUAGUUUCUUUGAGUAGGUCCAGUGUAUACUUUCUUUGGGAUACUAAAAUUCCAGUCCUCGAUUGGGCGACCUCUGUUCCUGGUAAAUAUAUCAGUUAUACUUGAUCGACUUAACAUAACUCAACUAAAGCCUCUUAAGCCAUCCGUUUCUGCUUGAUCAUCCCCUAUAAUGAUAGUAUCAUUAACAUAGAUGAAGCUAUCUUGCUGUCUUUAGAGUGUUGGACUGUUGGACAAGCAUGGUGUGACUAAUCUAACAUUGUGUGAAGCUGUUUCCCUUGACCAUUUUUGUUUUUAGCCUCUCACCAAAUUUGAGGGGAUUGCUCGAAGCCAUAUAGAGCUGUCUUGGUCAUU